AUUUAUAGCUUAUGUUUUGUAUUCUCAUUUUUCACUUACCAUUCAAACCCAACACUAUGACAACUCUCUUUCUCACAAUCCUUCUAGCCACUGUCCUCUUCCUCUUCCUCCUCCGUGUAUUCUCUCUCCGCCGCAACCGCAGCCACAACAACCGUCUUCCACCGGGCCCAAACCCAUGGCCCAUCAUCGGAAACCUCCCUCACAUGGGCCCUAAGCCUCAUCGAACCCUUGCCGCCAUGGUAACUACUUACGGCCCUAUCCUCCACCUCCGAUUAGGUUUCGUCGACGUCGUGGUCGCUGCCUCUAAAUCCGUGGCCGAGCAGUUCUUGAAAAUCCACGACGCCAAUUUCGCUAGCCGACCACCAAACUCAGGAGCCAAACACAUGGCAUAUAACUAUCAAGAUCUUGUCUUUGCACCUUACGGACAACGAUGGAGACUGUUGAGGAAGAUUAGUUCUGUUCAUCUAUUUUCAGCUAAAGCUCUAGAAGAUUUCAAACAUGUUCGACAGGAAGAGGUUGGAACGCUCACGCGGGAACUAGCGCGUGUAGGCACGAAACCCGUGAAUUUAGGCCAGUUGGUGAACAUGUGUGUAGUCAACGCGCUUGGACGAGAGAUGAUCGGACGGCGAUUGUUUGGCGCCGACGCCGAUCAUAAAGCGGACGAGUUUCGAUCGAUGGUGACGGAAAUGAUGGCUCUCGCCGGAGUAUUUAACAUCGGAGAUUUCGUGCCGUCACUUGAUUGGUUAGAUUUACAAGGCGUCGCUGGUAAAAUGAAACGGCUUCACAAAAGAUUCGACGCUUUUCUAUCGUCGAUUUUGGAAGAGCACGAAAUGAACGGUCAAGAUCAAAAGCAUACUGAUAUGCUUAGCACUUUAAUCUCACUUAAAGGAACUGAUCUUGACGGUGACGGAGGAAGUUUAACGGAUACUGAGAUUAAAGCCUUGCUAUUGAACAUGUUCACAGCUGGAACUGACACGUCAGCAAGUACGGUGGACUGGGCUAUAGCUGAACUAAUCCGUCACCCGGAUAUAAUGGUUAAAGCCCAAGAAGAACUUGAUUCUGUUGUGGGCCGGUCACGGCCUGUUAAUGAAUCAGACAUAUCUCAGCUUCUUUAUCUUCAGGCGAUUAUCAAAGAGAAUUUUAGGCUUCAUCCACCAACACCACUCUCGUUACCACACAUCGCAUCAGAGAGCUGGUUACGUACGAUUCAGUUUCUGACGGCGACGUUGGUUCAAGGAUUUGAUUGGGAAUUAGCCGGAGGUGUUACACCGGAGAAGCUGAAUAUGGAGGAGAGUUAUGGGCUUACUUUGCAAAGAGCGGUUCCUUUGGUGGUGCAUCCUAAGCCAAGGUUGGCUCCGAAUGUUUAUGGAAUCGGGUCGGGUUAAAAUCUAAUGUUGCUUCUCGGCCAAGGCAUAGGGCUUGCACGAAAAUAAAGUUUUAAACUAGCG